AUGUCAUUAAAUAAUCUAAGUUGGGAAUAAUUGGAAAAUCCAUCAAAAACAAAAUUAAAAGAGCUUUAUUUAAAUAAAUAUAGAAUUAAAUUAGGUUUAUUUACAAAUCAUAAAGAAUAAAUACCAAAAUAAGUAUCACCAUUAAAUUAACUCUUUAGAAACCUAAACAAAGAAAUAUAUCAAUUAAAGAAUUAGAUUAUUUAGUUAAACCAGAAAUGAUAAAAGCUAGAAUGAUAACAGAUAAUUAAAAGGUACUCACUGCUUAAUUGUUAAAUAAAAUUGCAUAAAAAUAAUUAGAAUAAGAAUAUUUUUGUUAAUUUCCACAAAUCACAUAAAAAAAAACAAAAAAAAGAUCAAAAACUGAACAACAUUAGAAUAAUUAUUACAGUAAAUAACAAAAAACUUUUGCUAGAACUGCUUAUUUGAUUGUAUUAUGA